GGGGGCACGUCCAGCAUGGCGCGAGACAGCCAACAGCACCCGUAGCCGAACAGCGCCAAACACUGAGCGCCUCAGCUCUAACAAAUAAACAAUAUUUUAACAAAUAAACACAGUUUCUAGAUCUUUUAGUGUCAGUUUGGCUCCACUAUGGAGGACCUGGAGGACAUCGAGGACAUGGUGUCGGGACAGGAGCCCACGGGACAGGAAAGGCAGGCCGCCAGGAGGAGCGUCGUGCCCCGAGCGAGGAGGAGGAAGCAGGAAACGGUUGAGGAGCUGCAGGCUGACAGUGUCAUUCCUGGCAUGCAGAAGAUCUGGAUGAAGACCUGGGGCUGUUCCCACAAUAACUCUGAUGGGGAGUACAUGGCGGGACAGCUUGCUGCCAGUGGAUACCAGAUAACCGAAAACCCAGCUGAGGCCGACCUGUGGCUCCUCAACAGUUGCACGGUUAAGAAUCCUGCCGAAGACCACUUCAGGAACUCCAUCAAGAAGGCCCAGGAGCAGGAGAAGAAGGUGGUGGUGGCGGGAUGUGUCCCUCAAGCCCAGCCCAGGAUGGAGUACCUCAAAGGACUUAGUGUCAUUGGGGUGCAACAGAUCGAUCGCGUGGUGGAGGUGGUUGACGAGGCCAUUAAAGGUCACUCCGUGCGCCUAUUGGGUCAGAAAAAGGAUAAUGGAAAACGGCUGGGGGGGGCGAGAUUGGACUUGCCGAAGAUUAGGAAGAACCCCCUGAUAGAAAUCAUUUCCAUCAAUACAGGGUGUCUGAAUGCCUGCACCUACUGCAAGACGAAGCACGCGAGAGGGGAGCUGGCCAGCUACCCCAUAGAAGAGCUCGUGGAGAGGGCCAGGCAGUCCUUCCUGGAGGGCGUGUGUGAGAUCUGGCUCACUAGCGAGGACACGGGGGCCUAUGGGAAGGACAUCGGCACAGACCUGCCCUCGCUGCUCUGGAGGCUGGUGGAGGUGAUUCCCGAGGGGGCCAUGCUCAGGCUCGGCAUGACGAACCCCCCUUACAUCCUCGAACACCUCGAGGAGAUGGCCAAGAUCCUCGGCCACCCGCGGGUGUUCGCCUUCCUUCACGUUCCCGUGCAGUCGGGCUCCGACAGCGUCCUCAUGGACAUGAAGAGAGAGUACUGCGUGGCGGACUUCAGGCGCGUCGUAGACUUCCUGAAGGACAGGGUGCCUGGCAUCACCAUCGCCACUGACAUCAUCUGCGGUUUUCCCGGUGAGACAGACGCCGACUUCCAGGAGACCCUGAAUCUCGUGAAGGAGUACCGCUUCCCGAGCCUCUUCAUCAACCAGUUCUACCCACGACCUGGAACCCCCGCCGCCAGAAUGGAGCAAGUUCCUGCCCAAGUGAAGAAACAGCGAACGAAAGAACUGUCUCAGCUGUUCCACUCGUACCACCCAUAUGAGCACAAGGUGGGCCAGAGACAGCAUGUGCUCGUAACGGAAGAGUCCUUCGACGCCCAGUACUACGUGGCUCACAAUAAAUUCUACGAACAGGUUCUGGUGCCCAAAAGUCCCGAGUUUAAAGGUAAAAUGGUUGAGGUGGAGAUCUAUGAAACGGGGAAGCACUUCAUGAAGGGACGGCCUGUUGAGGACUCCGAAGUCUUCACCCCGUCCAUAGCUCAGCCUCUGAGGAAAGGCGAGGUGUCCGGCCUCCCUAACGACUUCAAGACUCCUUGUCCAAACGGCACUCACAGCAGCCCCUCCGAAGCCUUGGGGCCAACACAUUGUUCACGGAUCCUGGAUGCGGUGGGACUCAAAGGUCUCUCCAUUGGCCUAGCCCUGCUGGCCGUUGUUGUGGCUCUCGCCAUGGAAAGACUCUGUUAGAGUAGCAAUCCGUACCACACUGCAUCAGGCAGCAUCCGCCAUGGACUUUUGGGUUCACACACACAUUAUUGCCAAGGUGGAUACGAAAGUCUUGACUUUCAAGUAUUUAUUUAAUUUUUCAAUAAAAUGACGUGGAGAAUUUGAGUUUAUUUUUGGUCAUCGCUUUACAAUAAAAUAAUGCCUUCCAUUGUCAUUUUCAGCCUAAAUUUGAUUAUAUUCCUUAUAAAGAAUGUAGAUUUUCUCAGCUUAUCUGGAUCUGAUUUUUUUAAAGUCAAGCUGUUUAGCCACUCCACGGCAGGCGAAAUUAGUUGUGAAACUGGUAUCCUGUUUGUUUGUCUCUUAGCAGUGUUUUAUUGUCCUAAUCGGGUGUCUUUUUGUCAGAGCUGGGCAGCUCUUGCAUUGUCCGUUGCCCUUUUUCUGGGCAUAAGGAAACCUUAAUA